AUGUACUAUUUGCGAGGAGACAUGGAUGUGGGAGAUUCCAUCGAAGAUGAGUGGGUGAUCGCGUACAUUGCAUACGAUCUCUCUAAAAAGCACUCGAAUUUGAUUAUUCAGCUCUUCGAUGACGAUGGUGAUUAUCUUUUGAUCGAGGGAGCGCAGACGCUUCCCGAUUGGGUCGAUCCGACAACCAUGGACAAUCGCUUUUUCCUUCACGACGGCGAGUUUAAAAUUCUUCCCCACCCCCACUAUUCUUCCUAUUCCUCCUUUCCUCUCCACCCCACAAUCGAACAAAGUCUCUCCGCUCUCUUUUCUCUCCCUUCCCAAUCCACUCCUUCCCUCCAGCUCCUUCUCCGCCACCGCUUCGACCGCGUCCUCUCCUCUCUUCGCUCCCACACCCACACCCACACCACCUUCGCUCUUCUCCCCACUUCCUGGGCCGCUCUUCUCUCCAAGCCUUCCAUUCUCUCUCUCUUCGCUCGCAUCUUCCUCGACUCCACGCCGCUCGAGCGCCAGCAAGCCUCUCUAGCGCUGGACCGCGUCGCGCCCACCACGCCGGUCGCCGUCGCGCCCAUCCAGCUGCCUCAACUCCUCUUUUUGGAACUCAUCGCGGCGGACGAGGCGGAGGAAUCGCGGAAAACGAGCGCGGUAGCGCGGUAUCUGAAGGAUUCGACGGAGGUUCGGUAG